AUGUCGUCGGCUAAUCUCAUGUCUCGCACUCCCUCGACUGCGACUCCCACCUGGCAUCACUUCGAGCGAAAGCUCGAAGACGUCAAGCCAUCUAAGACUGAUAUCAACUACCUAGUCAUGGACUACCUAGUCACGAACGGAUACCCGGCGGCUGCGCAGAAAUUUGCAGUCGAAGCCAAUAUCCAGCUCACGACGGAUCUCCAAGCCAUUCAGGAGCGUGUUGAUAUCCGUACUGCCAUCCAUUCUGGCGAUAUCCAGGUGGCAGUGGAAAAGAUCAACGAGUUGAACCCUCAGAUCCUUGACGAAGAUCCAUCUCUGCAUUUCGCUCUCUUGCGCUUGCAAUUGGUUGAGUUGAUCCGCGUCUGUAUGGACACCCCUGGAAGCGACAUAACCUCGGCCUUGGACUUUGCUACGUCUCAACUAGCACCACGCGCUCCCACAAACCCUCAGUUCCUUUCGGAUCUCGAGCGGACCCUUGCCCUCCUUAUUUUCCCGAGUGAUAAACUUGAUCCUGCGUUGGCGUCACUCCUAGACCCUUCGCUCCGUAAAGAAAUCGCGACCCGAGUGAAUCAGGCAAUCUUGCAAAACCAGGGCGCUCGUAAAGAGGCCCGGCUGCGCAACCUUGUGAAGCUCAGGGCUUUUGCCGAGAAGAAGGCACGCGACACCAAGAAAGACAUCCCGGAUACCCUGGACAUCGGCUUGGUUGGCGAUUCGAAUAACACCAGUAACAGUAACGAUCUCGCUAAUGUUAGUGACAUUUUGAUGUCUAACAACAGCGACAACGACCACACGGUCUCUUGA